AUGACAGAUAUUGAUUCAUUUAAUUUAGAUUUAUCAAUUAUUACAUUAAUAAUCUCAUUAAUAUCAGUAAUUAUUUCAAUUUUAGUAGUUAUAUAUGAAAUUUUCGAAAGAAAAUCACAAGAGAAAUUAUACCUCUUAAAUUUAUAUGGUGAUGAUGAAUACAGAAAAGAUUUUAGAAUAAUUUUAAAUUUUAUUAAACAGAAAAAACCAUUUAAUAAUAAUAAUAAUAAUAAUAAUAAUAAUAAUAAUAAUAAUAAUAAUAAUAAUAAUAAUAAUAAUAAUGAAAUUAAUAAUAAUAAUGAAAUUAAUGAAAUAAUUAAUAAUGAUGAUGAUGAAAUUAAUAAUGAUAAUGAUGAUUCAUGUAUAAUAUCAAUAAAAUAUAAUUAUAAAAAAGGUUCACCAAUUUUAUCAAAUAAUAAUUUAAAUCAUAAUGAAAUGAUUAUAUUUAAAGAAGAUAAUUUAAUUAAAAAAGCUCAAUUUUUUAAUGAUUUAAUAUCAAUUUAUGAUAGUGAUAUAAUAUUAAAUGAAAUCGAUUGUUCAGAUGGUUUAAGUCAUUUCAAUAUGUUGGAUAGUGCAAUUAGAAGACGUUGGUUUUAUAUAUUGAAUCAAUUUAAAAUUGAUAGUAGUAAAGAAAUGGCAAAAUUAGUAACUGAUAAAUUUUGGGUAGUCGCUUUCUUUGUCGUAAAUACUUAUCAUGCAAAUAAAAAUAAAAAACAUGAAAUACCUGUUAAAAAUUAUAUUGAAAAUAAAUAUAAAAAAACAAUUUAUUAUGAUAAUUUUUAUCAAAAUAAUUUAAAUAAUAAUAAUAAUAAUAUUAAUAACAAUAAUAUUAAUAUUAAUAAUAAACCAACAACUGUAAAUAUAAAUUAA